AUGGAGGAUAUUGGCAAGGCGGGUUUCUUUUCGGAUAAGUCCAUCGGGACUGGUGAAAACACGCCGCUUCUCGACUCUUACACCUUCGAUUUCGACUCGGGACCUUAUGGGGGUGCACACUACACCAUAACUGGCGUACCCGAUAUGUCUACAGGAUUCAGCACCUUCGCCGGGACUGGCCUCAGCGCGACCGAGAUGGGCUAUUGCUACCCUUUUGGUGUAGAUCCUAGCAGCAGAGGGGACGGCUCCAUUCACCCACCGAAAUGUCGAUACGAGAAAUCGAUAAUGCAGGUUCAUCCCGAGAGCGGAGAUCUAGGCAUGCAAGGCGCGACCCUUUUUCCAAGCUCACCUACAUCCCUGGAAUCCGUCAGAAAGAGAGCACUAGACCUCCAUUGCUUUUUAUUUACUCAGCUUCACUGCGUAACCGAUGAGGAUCUAGCAGAGGCGAUAUUGUCACCCUUCAUCUUUUCCGAGUCGGUCAAGGAACCAACAGGACCGCGAGCCAACAUAAUACAACGUUUGAUUUACGCCUCCGAGUGCCUGUUGGGUCUCAUCUCGACUCUUUCCUUCUUGUGGACCGGCUGUGAGGACUCAGGAAACAGCCCGCCGGCGUCGAUGGCGAACCAACAAGGCCCACAGUUUCAGUUUCCGAGCAGAACCCAGCACAAAUCGAAUUCCGUCCUGGCGCAGCAUCUCCUGGGCCUAGCCGGGAGGAGUCUACACUUGGAAGAUUCUGCCAAUUUCACUGGCCGCCAACACACUGCCUCGCCCUCGGAAACCUCGGUCGUCGACCUGCCGACCAUAACAACCAUUCUAACAUGUCACGUGGGGAUCCUAUCAGUUUACCGAUACACAUUCUCCCGCAUCCACGACGCACUGCGCGCCUGCGGAUCAUCCCCUUCGGGCACCCCCGAGUCGGAACUGACGAGCCCGCACAAGAGGGCCACGACUUGUUCACCUUUGCCCAACAAGGAUACCUUGCCGCUCAACAUGCCGUUUGUGCUCGGGCUGCGGGUACAACUCGAGAUCAUGACGCACAUGUUGGACCGGAUGAGAGCGGCAUGGGCCACUGCUAUGGAAGACCACCCGGGCCAUGAGGAUCAUCAGCAGCAACAAGAGGAAGUAAAACAACACGACCGCCUCUCGCACCAUAAAAGAGCUACGCUGGCUACACUGAAGAGCAUGCUUGCGCUCAACGGCCACGAGCUCUCGAACCAGGAUGGUGGAACGGGCAUCGGUGCUGUGGGAGACUUGGGCGACAGAGUCAGGAGGCUUUUGCGUAAUUGCGACAAGGGCAUGUACUAA